AUGGCCUAUCGCCCACCAGGGGAACGCCGCCUCGACGAUUUGCUUGGUGUAACAUCGGGUGGCCCACUUGGCCGUCGGCUACAUGAGACAGGCCAUUCUCCGGCUGAUUAUACUGUCUUUCUUGAUCUUGUCCGUCGUAUGCUCAUCUAUGAACCAGCCCGUCGGAUCCGGCCAGCAGAUGCUCUUGCUCAUCGUUUUUUUCGUGCCCCUGGCUGUGGUCCCUCGGUGACAGCCCCAUCUGCAGCAGCAGGUGUGGCCACCCCGCCCUCCGCCUCAUCCGCUAGCUCAGUCACCAGUCUCCAUGGUGCCCAGACCAGCCUUCUAACCGCUUAUCCCAUUCAUGUGCCUGUACCUCUCUCUCUGCCUCUGUCAGUUCCCGUACCUUUACCUCUAACUCUCAGCCUCCCCCUCACCGGCUUGCCCCUAGCAUCUUCUAAAUCAGGUGGCGGAGCUGGCCUCAUCAAUACUAAUAAUAUUGCUUCGCGUGCUUUGCCUUCUAGUGCCAUCUCUUCCGCAAUCUCUACCAUUCCAAUCUGUACAUCGCUAUCUGUGAGUUCUGUUCCUCUCAACGAUGUGCCUCCAGCGUUUACUGCGAGUGGAAGUAGUAUCAGCAUUAGCAACGGCCUGGACGGCUCACUUCGUCUUAUCCCUCUAGAAGCAGCAGGGCUCUUUUCUGGCCAAAAUGACCUAACGAUUAGCCAAACGAAAGGGAGUGGUGGGUUGUUGACAAGCUCUGGGAGUGUUGCUGCCUGUUCCUCUGUUGCUACUGGGUUCAUGCCAGUCUCUACAGUGUCGUCUGCUGCUCUCCUGGCUGCAGCAGGUCUCCUGCCAUUUACCUCGGCGGCAUCAGCAGCAGCUGCUGCUGCUGUUUCGGGUAAUGGCAUGUCUGCUCAUCAGACAUCUUCGAUAUCCAUCACCGGCACUAACGGUUGGUGUGUACUUGUCUGA